AUGAAGAAGCACUCCAUGUUACCAAGAAACGCCAUCUUACGGGAUGGCGGAGAACCGCACUCGCCAAAAAACUCUAGUAUGUCCAAAUCGAAGCCUCCACGUCCACGCAAAUUAAAAUCCGCCAAAGAAAAUGCUCCUCCUCUCGAUCAGAACUCGUCGACACCUGACCAUAGGUCGAUGAAACUGAAGAGUCCUUUGCCACCUCGACUGUCGCCGUCUAAUCCUCUCAAACGGAAACUCAGUGCAGAAGCUACGGCGGAGACUGGGUUUUCAGACUCCGGUGUCAAGGUUAUAGUCAGAAUGAAGCCUCUAACCAAAGGUGAAGAAGGGGAUAUGAUAGUACAAAAGAUCUCCAAAGAUUCCCUCACAAUUAGUGGGAAUACUUUCACAUUCGACUCAAUUGCUGAUCCAAAGUCGACACAGGAAAAGAUGUUUCAGCUUGUGGGAGCCUCUCUUGUUGAAAAUUGUCUAUCUGGAUUUAACAGUUCUGUAUUUGCCUAUGGACAGACUGGUAGCGGGAAAACAUAUACCAUGUGGGGUCCUGCGAAUGGAUUGCUGGAGGAGCACCUCAGCGGUGACCAAAGAGGUUUGACCCCACGUGUCUUUGAACGUUUGUUUGCCCGAAUCAAAGAGGAACAAGUCAAGCAUGCUGAAAAGCAACUCAAUUACCAGUGUCGUUGUUCAUUACUCGAGAUUUACAACGAGCAAAUAACAGACCUACUAGAUCCGAGCCAGAAAAACUACCAGAUUAGAGAAGAUGUCAAGUCAGGUGUUUAUGUUGAAAAUCUGACUGAGGAAUACGUGAAAAACUUGACAGACGUGUCAAAGCUUCUGAUCAAGGGUUUGGGAAAUCGACGGACUGCUGCAACGAGUGUAAAUGUAGAGAGUUCAAGAUCACAUUGCGUAUUUACUUGUGUUGUUGAAUCUCGUUGCAAGAGUGCAGAUGGGCUAAGCAGCUUUAAGACAAGCCGAAUAAAACUUGUUGAUCUGGCUGGUUCUGAGCGACAAAAAUUAACUGCCGCAGAAGGAGAACGCCUGAAGGAAGCUGGAAAUAUCAAUCGAUCGCUCUUUCAGCUUGGGGACUUGAUUAACAUCCUCGCAGCGAUUUCUCAAACAGGGAAGCCAAGGCAUAUACCGUAUAGAGAUUCAAGAUUAACAUUUUUGUUGCAAGAGUCUCUUGGUGGAAAUGCAAAGUUAGCAAUGGUUUGUGCAAUUUCUCCUUCACAAAGUUGCAGGAGCGAAACCUUCAGCACCUUGAGAUUUGCUCAGCGUGCGAAGGCAAUACAGAAUAAGGCUGUUGUCAAUGAAGUGAUGUAGGAUGAUGUAAAUUUCUUGCAUGGAGUGAUAAGCCAGCUGAAGGAUGAACUACAAAGAAUGAAGGAUGAUAAAAAUAAUCCAACCAACCCAAAUGUAGCUUAUUCCAGUGCUUGGAAUGCACGUAGAAGUUUGAAUUUAUUAAGAAGCUUUGGUCUGGGUUAUCCAAGGUCCUUACCUCAUGAAGAUAAUGAUGGAGAUAUUGAGAUGGAAAUUGAUGCUGCUGUUGUUGAAAGACUUUGUGUUGAAGUGGGUUUGCAAGCAUCUCCCGCUUCCGAGGGGAUCAAUACUGAAAUGAACAGCGUAAAGAGUAUACAUUCGUCUGAUGGGAAAUCCAUAGAAAAGCGGCUUACUGAGGACACAGAUGUUGCCAUGGAGGAUACUUGUUGCCAUUCAGGGAACUAUGAACCAGAGACAGUGGAUAAUGUGAGAACUGACAUAGAGAUCGACAUCACAGCAGAUCAGAUUAAGACCCCCUUGCAAGCUGUGGAUCAUGACUCUGAUAUUCAGCUUCUUUCAGUCAAGGAUGCUCUUCGUUCUUCACUGAAAGAGACGGAGGAUAUGCCAUCAUGCCCUCACUUGGUUCAAGAAGAUGCGUCUGCAAAUGUAUUAAUAGCUGAUGGAUUAGUAAAUUCUUCAUCUCCUAGUCUUUGUAUAGAACCAUUUGGCGUGCCUCCUGUAUUAAAAUCUCCCACACUAAGUGUGUCUCCCACUAUUAGAAAUAGCAGGAAAAGCUUGAAGACAUCAGAAAUGUCAAUAGCAUCUCAGAAGGAUACUGAAGGAGACGAACUAGUUACGGAAGCUGUGGACCCAUCUUCGUCUACAUCCAAAAAGAGAAUUAACUGUUCUAGUUCUUUGUCAACUACACAAAAGAGAAAAGUUAUUCCAGUACGGACUGAGCAUUAGACAGCUAGCCUCCACAAAAGAAUCGAACAUCUUGAGGCAUAUUGCCAGAGUACAGCUCAAAGACGAUCGACUUUCAGGUUUUCCAUCAAAGCUCCAAAUAGUAAGCCUUCAACCUUUAUUAGUACGACUGAUGUGGGUGUGCAAACCUUUCUCGAAGCUGAUGCAAUGUCAGACGAGAAUACAAAAGAAUUUCUGUGUAGUAAAUGCAAAUGCAGAGAAGAAUUUGAUGCCCAACAAAUGCGUGACAUGCCAAAUCUUCAGUUAGUACCUGUUGAAAACUCGGAAGUGACAGAAAAUCCCAAGAGCCAAGUUCCCAAAGCAGAGGAAAAGGUUCUAGCAGGAUCUAUCAGGAGGGAAAUGGCUCUAGAAGAGUUCUGCACUAAACAAUCCUCUGAGAUAUCCCAACUUAACCGACUUGUACAACAAUACAAACAUGAGAGGGAGUGCAAUGCCAUCAUAGGACAAACAAGGGAAGACAAGAUUAUUCGCCUGGAAAGUCUAAUGGAUGGUGUAUUAUCUAAGGAGGAUUUUCUAGAUGAAGAAUUUUCAGCUCUCUUGCAUGAACAUAAGCUGCUAAAGGGCAUGUAUCAGAAUCACCCUGAAGUGCUGCAGACUAGGAUAGAGUUGGAAAGAGCGCAAGAAGAGGUUGAGAGUUUCAGGAACUUUUACGGUGAUAUGGGAGAAAGAGAAGUGUUGUUGGAAGAGAUUCAGGAUUUAAAGAUGCAUCUACAAUGUUACAUUGACCCGUCUCUUACAUCACGCAAAAAGUGUUCCCUGCUUAAGCUUUCAACCCAAGCUCCCCCAGUGAACGCUAUCCCUGAAUCACAGGACAUGAGUCUUGAGAAGACAUUAGAACAGGAAAGACCUCGUUGGACUGAGGCAGAGACCAAAUGGAUUUCUCUCGCCGAGGAAUUAAGAAUAGAGCUUGACGCCACCAAGGUGCUUAUGAAUAAGCAGAAACAUGAACUUGAAAUUGAGAAAAGAUGUGCGAGAGAGUUGAAAGAAGCAAUGCAGAUGGCCAUGCAAGGGCAUGCACAGAUGCUGGAACAAUAUGCAGACCUAGAAGAGAAGCAUAUGCAAUUGCUUGCAAGACAUAUACGGAUUCAAGAAGGAAUAGAUGAUGUUAAAAAGGCAGCUGCAAAAGCCGGAGUCAGAGAAGCAGAGUCCAGAUUCAUAAAUGCACUUGCAGCAGAAAUUUUGGCCUUAAAAGUAGAAAGAGAGAAGGAGAGACAAUACUUGAGGGAUGAGAACAAAAGUCUCCAGACACAACUAAGAGAUACAGCUGAAGCCGUACAAGCAGCUGGAGAGUUACUUGUUCGGCUUAAAGAAGCUGAAGAAGGAUUGACAGUUGCACAGAAGCGAGCGAUGGAUGCAGAACACAAAGCUGCAGAAGCAUAUAAACAGAUUGACGAGCUGAAGAGGAAACAUGAAGACGAAAUCAACACUCUUAACCAACUUGUCCCACAAUCUCAAAUCCACAAUGAAUGCCCUACCAAAUGUGAUCAAGUCGUGGAACCAUCGGCAAAUGAAAGUGAGCAGCAAUGGAGAGAUGAGUUUGAGCCACUUUACAAAAAAGAAACCGAGUUUUCAAAUCUUAUUGAGCCCUCUUGGUUUUCGGGUUACGAUAGGUGCAACAUAUAA